AUGGAUCCCAUCCUGACUAGACCGCUGACACUAGGCCUCCUGGAACUCAAGAAGGAAAAGGAUGAGAUGAAACUAUCCUCUGAGUCAGAGCAGCCAGAGAUGUUAAAAGCAACCACAAGCCCGCUUCUCUGCCCUCCAACCUGGAACAGAAUCCUGCUGCACUGUGGCUGUAAGCUCCAGCACACCUGCACUCCUCCCCCACCUGUUCUGCCACCCAAGACUGCCACCUGGACCCAAGCAGAGGCAAAACAACAGAGUCGUGCCUCUGUGCCAGAAAAGAAACCCCUCCACAUCCAGAUUGGGACAGUCACAGACCACUUGAACUAUUCCUCCCCAUCUAGCUUUGUCCUCACCAGCCUUUUCAACCACAGUCCAAUGCACCUAUUCCUCUUCAGCAUUGUUGUGUUGAUCUAUGUCCUUGCUAUGACAGGCAAUGUGGCCAUGGUCUUUCUGAUCUGGGUAGAUUCGAGGCUCCAUACACCCAUGUACUUCCUGCUCAGCCAACUCUCCUUCCUAGACAUUUUCUUCACCUCAGUCACAGUCCCCAAGAUGAUUGUGGGCUUCCUCUAUGGCUGGACAAGCAUCUCUUUUGGGGGAUGUGGAGCCCAGAUGUUUUUUUUCAUGUUCUUGGGGGCAGCUGAGUGCCUGCUCUUAGCCCUCAUGGCCUAUGACCGCUAUGUUGCCAUUUGUAACCCACUCCGGUACCCAAUACUAAUGAGCAGGCAGGUCUGUUGCCUCAUGGUAAUCACCUCAUGGCUUGGUGGAUCACUUAAUGCUUCCGUCCAAACAAUUCUGACCUUGAAGUUUCCCUACUGUGGCUCAAGGAAGAUUGCCCACUUCUUCUGUGAGGUGCCCUCCCUGCUGCAACUUGCCUGUGCUGACACAACUGCCUAUGAAAAAGUGCUCUUUGUUACAGGUGUGGUGGUGCUGCUGGUGCCCAUUGCCUUUAUCACUACCUCCUAUGCCCUGAUCCUGGCUGCUGUGCUUCGGAUGAAGUCAGCUGAGGGGCGCCACAAGGCACUGGCUACAUGCUCCUCCCAUCUGACAGUAGUCAACCUCUUUUAUGGACCUCUCAUCUAUACCUAUAUGUUGCCAUCCUCCUAUCACUCACCAGGGCAGGAUGAUGUAGUGUCUGUCUUCUACACAGUCUUCACACCUAUGCUUAACCCUGUCAUCUACAGUCUGAGGAAUAAGGAAGUUUCAGGGGCAAUGAAGAAGGUGAUAAGGAAAUGUAUGGUCACUAGAAAUGUUUCCAUAGAGAUCCUGGUUCCAAGCUGUGUCCAGGCCAGGACAGACCCAGGCUGCAGAAGCUUUCUGGGACCACAUAGACAGUGCUAUCAAGUAGAGCAGUCUGUGCUGCUAAAGAUAUCUGGUACAGAGGAUCUACCCUUACAUUUGGUGGAUGCUGGAGCCAUUGACAGAAAGCCUAAACACCCCAAAUCCCUUCAAAGCCAACGAACUCUGCUGCUUCCUAUCCCCCUGCGCUUCCUCUCGCCUCUCCUUCUCCUCUCCGUGUCCUGCAUCUCCUUCUCCCUAGCGUCCCCCGAGCUGCUCCUGAAUAUAAAACCCUUCGCUCUCAGCAACCUCGGGCUGGCCAAUGCCUACGCACCUCAAGCUAAUUUCAUUGGCAGUGCCCAAGGCCGGAUGGGGCACGAAGCCCCCUGUGUCAGGCGCACCUGGAGCUCCAGGUCCUCUGUGUAUAUCCGAACUGGGCAGAGGGACGGACCUGGGGCAUGCCCAAGGCUUUCCAACCCUAGCCAAAAAUAG